AAUUCACCAAUUGUUUUCCCCAAACAAUUAAAAACCCUUGUUAUUAUUAAUCUCUGAUCAUAUUGUUCUACUGAUAGAACAACUUUAAAAGGCUUAUUAAAAGUAUAUCAUAUAUACCAUGGGGAACUUUGAGUAUGUUUCCAUUGAUAAGGGAAUUCCUCGGAACAGGUUAGUCAAUAGAUCAACUUAUCAUGCCGACGAGACUUGACCCACAAAAUUUUAUUAAAAACCAUUGAAGCUAUCGCUUAGCACUUUCAACAUUCUGAGGCAAAUGAAUGAUAAUGAGUAAUUAUUGGUUUCAGAUAGCGUUAAGUAGUUGCUGAAUGAUAAGGGACGUCCAUGAUAUAAUGAACAAUCCAUGUGAUUCACCAAAAAUACUGAAAUACUGAAUACUGAAAUGCCUAUGCCAUUAUAUGCAUACAUGCAUUUGCAAGGCACUUUUUUUCCUGGUUUUCCUUACUGAUAAGUCUAGACUGCGACAAACAAAAGAGAACAAAACUGAGAACCGGCGGAAAAUGCAACUGCAAAUUGCUUAAAAAACUCUGCUUUUUGGUUGUCGGGCUGCAUUUAUUAACGAAGUGUCGACUCGUCCGGGUUCAGAACUGCAGCCAAGUUUGAUUUGUUUAAGCCCAAUCUGUUGUCGCAGCUGUUUUGCAUCCUCCUGCUAUUAUUAUUACCAAUAUUGUUAUUUGUCGAUGCAAACAAAAUCAUUAAAAAAUGUAAGGCGAAACCGUGGUGGAUUUCCCAGCUGAAGAAACGCAACCAAAGAAGCUGCCAGUCCUCAAAACGGCGCUCUGCCGACACUCACCCUGAAAGUUCCUCAUAUCCCCACACCAGUACACCCAAAACUAAAGCCAAAUGACUGCCAACAGUCUGCUAGGAAGGUCAUUACUCAAUGAAGGACGCUCGAAUAAGCGAUCGUUUGUGUCCCUGAUUGUGGGCCUGGUCGUUGGCUUCUGUCUGGCCGAGCUGUUCGUGUACUCCUCCGCGCCGGAACGCAGCGAGUUCAUGCCGUACGAUGGCCACCGGCACGGGGAUGUCAACGAUGCCCAUCACAGCCACGACAUGAUGGAGAUGUCGGGACCGGAGCAGGAUGUGGGCGGCCAUGAGCACGUCCACGAGAACUCGACCAUUGCGGAGAAGCUGUACAGCGAGGUGCGCGUGCUCUGCUGGAUCAUGACCAAUCCGAGCAACCACCAGAAGAAGGCGCGCCACGUGAAGAGGACGUGGGGCAAGCGGUGCAACAAGCUGAUCUUCAUGAGUUCGGCCAAGGAUGAUGAACUGGAUGCGGUGGCUCUGCCCGUGGGCGAGGGUCGCAACAAUCUGUGGGGCAAGACGAAGGAGGCCUACAAGUAUAUCUACGAGCACCACAUCAACGAUGCCGACUGGUUCCUGAAGGCCGACGACGACACCUACACGAUAGUGGAGAACAUGCGCUACAUGCUCUAUCCGUACAGUCCGGACACGCCUGUCUACUUUGGCUGCAAGUUCAAGCCGUAUGUGAAGCAGGGCUACAUGUCCGGCGGUGCCGGAUACGUUCUCAGUCGGGAGGCAGUGCGUCGCUUUGUGGUCGAAGCUCUGCCCAAUCCCAAGCUGUGCAAGGCGGACAACACGGGGGCCGAGGACGUCGAGAUUGGCAAGUGCCUGCAGAAUGUCAAGGUCCUGGCGGGCGACUCCCGCGACUCCAACGGACGAGGUCGCUUCUUUCCCUUCGUUCCGGAGCACCAUUUGAUCCCGGCGCACACGGACAAGAAGUUCUGGUACUGGCAGUACAUCUUCUACAAGACCGAUGAGGGCCUGGACUGCUGCUCGGACAACGCCAUAUCCUUCCAUUACGUCUCGCCCAAUCAAAUGUAUGUGCUGGACUAUCUGAUCUACCAUCUGCGACCGUAUGGCAUUAUAAACACACCCGAUGCACUGCCCAAUAAGUUGGCCGUGGGCGAACUGAUGCCGGUGCCCAAGGAGCAGCCAACGGAGAGUUCGAGCGAUGGGGUCUCUAAGAGAUCCGUCGAGACAAAGACACAAUAAUAGAGACAGUUGGGUACACUCUCAAUGUAUAUAGAUAGCAUUUGUAUAUAUUUAUAAAUAAUUGUGUACUCCCGCAUAUUGAAUCACUAUAAGCCAUUCUAUAGAUUGAAAAUAGAAAAAGGAACAUUUUUCUAUAUUUCAGAAAAAUAAGUUUUUGAGUGUAGCAUUGCCAUUACCAUUUCCAUUAACAUAAAUCUAUUUUAUGUCGUCCGGUCCUUUGAUUUAGUUGAACUUCCUUCACGUCUCAGAGAAAGGUUUCGUUUGGGCUCUAUUGCAGGUUCGUUCCUUUUGUAAAAAUACCAAACCUAGCUUUAAUUUAGAUUUGUUACUAUAGUUUGUAAUUAAGACUAGGUUGUACAAUUAUGAAGUCAUCACUAAUAGGGCGCGCACUCACGAUUUCUACUCCGGUUUUCCGUUAGCCACUUGCAUAUUUACUAUAAGUCGACUAGGUAAAUCUUAUAUAUCUCUUUUGUGAUUGAGAUUAUUUCGUAUUAUAGAUAUUAAUCUUCUACAAAUUUAAAUGUGUAUUAAUAAAAAGCAAAUGUAAUACAAAAGAAA